AUGUUGCAGAUCACAUAUCGCUUGCUCAGCCGAGCUCUCAAUGUUCAUGUCAACACUGCCAAAGAGAUGCUCUAUGAAUAUCACAAGUACCAGAACGCCCAGAAAGCAAAUUCCAUCCACGCAACCUACCUCGUGUAUGGCGUCAAAAACAGAGAGGCUUCCCAGGAAGAUGGAGACGUUGACAUGGCGAGCUCGAUGCCUGACCAAGAUGAAACGCCAGACGUUGUCCACACCAACACUCUCACUUUAGUUCGCGAAGAGGACCUCACGGAAACACUCGCUGCUUAUGAAAGUGUCUCAUCACUCUACGUCUACUCUCUAGCGCCUCAUCCGCAACGCGAUCUUGCAAUGCUUUCGGACAUUGCCAAGUCUUUGGCUGAGUACACCAUCAAGGAACAAGAUGUCUCGGUGGCUGCGAAGAAAUUCGGGACCAUCCUCAAUCCACAUGCUCGUCGGCGAGAUCGCGCAGCCAGGCCCAAGGUAGCAGCAUCAGCACAAGCGAAACCACCGAAGCCAGCACCUUCUGCGACGAAGGCUCCGGCCGCGCCUGUGGAAGACAAGGUCAAGGCUGAACCAAAGCCGACUGGCAAGUUGAAGAGAGAAGGUUCAGCACCAUCCUCCAAAGAGAGCACGCCGGCGCCAGGCCCUAAGCCUGCGGCCCUCAAGCGUGGCGGGUCAGGCGGCAUCAUGCAAUCAUUUGCUAAAGCAGCCUCACAGCCAAAAAAGCCGCAGGUGCAGCCCAAGGAGGAGGAGCACACGGCAUUGUCUGACGAUGGUGAAGCCGAUGAUGAUGAUAUCGCUGCGGAGAAGCCUUUGAAAGAAAGUGCAUCUGCGAGGACAUCCAGGAAAGAGCGCGAGGAGAGAUUGCGGCAGAUGAUGGAGGAAGAUGACGACGACGAUGCUGCAGAUGCAGAGAAGGAUGAGCACGAGGAUGGGAACGCGGAUGACGAGGAAAUGGAGGAUGCGCCCGCGCCAGAAGCAGAAGCUGCGGAAGAACCAAAGAACGGAGAGCCCUCCGAGGUAGUGUCUAGCACCGGCGAUGGGCGACGAAGGGGGAAGAGGAAGGUUAUGAAAAAGAAGCGCAUCUUGGACGAUCAGGGGUACAUGGUCACAAUACAAGAGCCUGGUUGGGAGUCCUUCUCUGAAGAUGAGGCACCUGCUCCUGCAAAGAAAGCGAAACCAGCGCCCACGCCGACCUCGUCUGCACCAGCAAAGUCCAAGAAACCAACUGGCAAAGGGGGAGCCCAGGGGAGCCUCAUGUCCUUCUUUUCGAAGAAAUAA